AUGGUUUCUCAAUCAGAGGCAACUUCGGACAACACGACACCAUCAGUAGACGUAGAACUGACCAUGGCUUCAAAGAGAGAAGCGACUUCGGCGCGGCCUACAACAUUGAUGAGGAGAAUAGAUGUACGAAAAUCAGAUUAUAAUGUAGAACAGUAUACUACGGAUAUAUUUCAAAGAAGUGCACGGAAAUCCUUUAGCCACACAAGAAGCGGACGCUUCGAUCAAAUGUGGAAAUGGGAUUAUUGGUGUAUGCUGCAACCGGAAACUGGAGACUGCGGAAACAACAUAACAAAACACUAUUACAACACGCAACUGGAUCAGUGUUUACCGCAUGUGUUCUCUGGAUGCAGCACUAAGAACAAUAAGAACCAAUUCGAGUCUAUCGAGGAGUGCUCCAACCAUUGUAAAGGAACUGCACUCAUGCCGGCGAGCCUCCCGGCUAACAUAGAUAUUUGUAAGCUUCAGCCAGAAUCUGGGCGAUGUCUGGGUAAUUUCACAAUGUUCUAUUACGAUGUAAACGAAAAGCAGUGCAAAUCGUUCGUGUAUGGGGGUUGUGCCGGCAACAAGAACAAGUUCGUAAGAGAACUGCUGUGUCUUGACCGAUGUCGGCAGAAACGGGACGAGCCGAACGGGACACAGGUUCCACAGGACAACGAACAAGAGGAGAACCCACAGGACGACGACGAAGAACAGGUGGAUGAAGACACGGACAGGAACACGCGUCCACCAUCGUAA